AUGGUGUCAGAGCCCAGGACCUCGGGGCUGGAUUAUUCCCUCACGCCUGACCGGGCUGACCCUGCCGGGCUCAGCGGGAUUUGCUGCUCCCCAUCCCGGCCGUGCCCAGCGGCUCUGACAGGACACCUCAGCCCGCUGGUGAUGCCAAUCCCUGCACACGUGGGCUCCUGGCCCGGCUAUAAAACCCCUCUGUGCUGCAGCCAGGCUGGGCUGCGGGGCUGGCGAGCCAUGGCACUGCGGUUUGAGGCCCUGCACCCAGAGGGAAUCUGUCCUGGAUGGAGCAUCGUGGUCAAGGGUGAGACCAGUUCCUGCUCAAGCAUGUUUGAAAUUAAUUUGCUCUGUGAUCCUGGAGAUCAAAUCGCCCUCCACUUUAACCCUCGCUUCUCCAGCUCCAGAAUUGUCUGCAACUCCUUCCUCAACAGCCACUGGGGGCAGGAAGAGGUUAACAACACCUUCCCCUUCAGAGCAAAGGAGCCCUUUCAGGUCGAAAUCUACUCUGACCAGGACUAUUUCCACAUUUUCAUCAAUGAAAACAAAGUCCUGCAGUUCAAGCAUAGGCAGAAGAAUCUUUCAUCCAUCACCAAGCUGCAGAUUCUCAAUGAUAUUGACAUUUCUUCAGUGGAGAUCACCAAACGAGGUCUUUAG